CAUACCUUCUGAGUUCUUUCUCUGGGUCACAUUCAAAUUACAGGCCUUGGCCGCCUUCUACUACUACCGAGAUCUUCUCUCUCUCUGUGGGUAUAUGUGUGUGUAAAGUUGAGAACUUUAGCUGUUUUUCUUGGAGCUCGAAGACUGCUGGUCCUUGAAGAUGAUAGCCAGGCAUGUGAAUUAGCAUAUGUUGGUGGGUUCCAGGAACUACCACUGCCCAGAAACAGUAAAUCCUUUGAAGCUUCAGAAAUGAGCUUAUCAUCAUGCCUUUAUCAGAGUUUUAUAGAUUGGCCAGAGGGAAGCUUGAAUCUUCCCAGCAGAAAACAACCACUUGUUCAACUGGCCCAUCUCAUGUAGCCGAUACUGACUUUGUCGAACUAGUAUGGGAAAAUGGCCAGAUUGUGAUGCAAGGCCGGCCUAGUAGAGCAAGGAGAGGCUCUUCCUCUAACAGUUCUCAAUUUCAAACUCAAAAGCUUCGAGAUAAAGAUAUAGGCAAUGCUAUGAAUUCAAAGAUGGGACACUUGGGUUUAAUGGAUUCUGCUCUGAAUGAAUUUGCAGCAGCAGUGCCAUCACAGGAAAUGGGAUUGGACCGAGAUGACGAAAUGGUGCCUUGGUUGAACUAUCCGAUUGAUGAUUCUUUACAAGACAAUUACUGCUCUGAUUUGUUGCCUGAAUUAUCUGGUAUUACUGUAAAUGAGUUGUCUUCUCAAAAUAAUUUUGCUCAGGUAGAUAAGACAAAUAGUUCUAACCAGACAAUUAAGAGUUCACAUGGCAAUUCUUUGCAUAAUGGUUUAAGUUUAGAACAAGCAAAUGCAACCAAGGUUUCUUCUUCAGAAAUUGGUGAGUCUUCAAAAUCAAGGAGUUGCCUGCUCUAUCCAUGGUCAAUCCAGGAAAGUCAAUCAUCACUUCCAUCUCUUAGAUCUGGAGUUUCUAGUAUUAUUAGAAAUGAUACCAGCAAUACUGAGCGUGCUGUUUGUGGGAAUCACAUUCAGGCUCAGGCUCAAGCUCCAGCUCCAGCUGCUGGUGGUCCUAGCACAAAGAUUCAGAAAAAAGAUAUAGGAUUGCCUAAUAGUAAAUCUGGCAUUGUCAACUUCUCCCAUUUCUCCAGAUCAGCAGCUCUUGUUCGAGCUAAUUUUCAAAGUAUAGGUGCUCUUGCCAUUUCUGGUGCAUUGGCCGUAGAAGGCAGCAGGGCUAAAGAAAAAGGGAAUAAUCCUAGUUAUAACAAUCUUCCUGAACCCGCACUUAAUGAUAAGUGCAAAGAUUUGAGAAGUGAAAGGGGCUUCCAUAACCACCCUAAUUUGGUCCAGCCUGAGGUAGAUUUAGAACAAGUGGUGGCUAAGCCUCUUGAAGAUUUGCAUGGUGCUGAACAGUCUGAAGCUCUUUGUCGAGAAGAUGCUGUUAAUAAUGACAAGUUGCCACAUCAAGCUCUCUGUUCAGCCCUGAUUAAAGGAGUGCCAGAUAGUGAAAAACCUGUAGAGCCAGUAGUUGUUUCUUCAUCUGUAUGCUCUCCCAACAGUGCAGAGGGAGUUUCUAAUGAUCCAACACAUAAUUUGAAGAGAAAACGUCUUGAUAGUGAUGAUUUUGAAGGCCAAAGUGAAGAUGUUGAAGAAGAAUCAGUAGGUAUCAAAAAGGGAACUCCUGCUCGAGGAGGUACAGGUUCCAAAAGAAGCCGAGCAGCAGAAGUGCACAAUCUAUCUGAAAGGCGGAGAAGAGAUAGGAUCAAUGAAAAGAUGCGUGCGCUACAAGAACUCAUACCCAACUGCAACAAGGUGGACAAAGCUUCAAUGCUUGAUGAAGCCAUUGAAUAUUUGAAGACACUUCAACUUCAAGUACAGAUUAUGUCCAUGGGAGCUGGGUUGUAUAUGCCAUCAAUGUUGUUACCAACGGGGAUGCAUCAUGUACAUCCAGCUCAUAUGGCACAUUUUUCACCCAUGGGUGUCGGCAUGGGAAUGGGUAUGCUGGACAUGAAUGGUAGAUCUCCCAGAUGUCCUAUAAUUCAAAUGCCCCAUAUGCCAGGUUCACAAUUCCUUUCCCCACUUCUCCCCGCCAUCUCAGGGCCUAAUAGUUUCCAAGGGAUGACUGGACCUAACCUUCAGGUUUUUGGACAUCCUGGUCAAGCAUUUCCUAUGUCAGGCCCGCAAGCACUCUCGAUGCAUUUGUUAGGAGGGACUCCUAUAAAUGCAGCCGUGGGACUUGAUACAUCUGCGAUGGCUGCUCCCUUGGAUGUUCCAUGUUCAGCUCCAUCCACAAACUUAAAGGACUUGACACAGAAUACUAACUCACAAAUGAUGCAGAAUACCAACGGCAGUAGCUCAAUGAACCAGACAUCCGUCCAGUGUCAGGCAACAAAUGAGGGUUUUGAACAGCCUUUGGUGUUUAAUAGUGAUGAGACUUCAGAAGUCGGCAGCGAUGAAGAUAUUAGCUUGACCAAGGAAAAUGACAGUAUAUCUAGCUAACCGGCUUGUAAGUGGAUAUAAUUGGAAAAUGUUUUGCUUCAUCUCCCAUUGACUCAAUAAAUUUGACUGUUAUGCAGUGCCAAACUUAGUCAUAGGUGGAAUUUUGCAGUCUAUUGAUUUGAACCUUCUGUUUGGUCAGCAAUGGUCAUUAAAGUUUUCAAAUGAGGUCAGAACUUACCAAUGGUUCUCAUUGGAUGGCAGAGCUACAGCUUGCACCGGUUUUGGUAUGUCCAAGCCACGCAGAAACUUUCUCCUUCGUGUGUACAUUCAUAUAGAUGAGUCAUUCACUUGGUGCAAUCUAAAGAAAUGAACUCCCUAGUAAAUGUAUUUAUGAGUUGUGGGCAUGUGUUUAACCAUUCUCUGAAUUGAUGAAACAGUAGUUGUCUCCCAAUACAAAUUUUCUUUAUGAUGGGCAGAAUGCUAUGACAAAGUGAGAAGUAUUGAAAUGGUUUUAGUUUGUUUUGUUAGCUAUGCUGUCCUUGUCCAGACCAAGUAAUAGGAUGAUAAUCUCA